AUGGGAAGUAUUAGAAUUUUUUUUGACUACAUCAAGGAAGAAAAUAAAUCAGUUUGUAGACGUUGCAAAGAAAAAAUAGGAGGGAAUCAUGUAACAAACUUAAAAAAGCAUGUCCGAACGCAGCACAAGGAGGAAUACGAAGAGUGGUUAAACAAACAAAAGACCGAAGAAGAAGAUAACCUCAAAAACAAAAAACGGAAUCGAGAAGACGAAGAUGCUGCAGCAGGAAGUUCAGCAAAAAAGUUGAAGCAAGGCGACAUAAGAUCGGCUCUCUUUAACGAAGUGACGGUGAAGAUUAACCUGGAGACUAUCGAAAAUGCCUGCAUAAACCUAAUUAUAAAUGGACGUCCUUUGGUUUUGAUGGACGAUGCAGCAUUCCAUAGUAUCAUAGAUCCUAUAUUAGAGGGAUUGAAGACAACAGCCAAAAUCAAUCGGCAAAACAUAAGAAUGAAAGUGAUUGAGAAAGCAGAUGCACAGAGAAAGAAAAUCAGCGGAGAAUUGCGCGGGAAAAUGUUUUCAUUAAAACUUGACAUAUGCACAAAAAGAGGUAGGAGCGUCCUCGGGAUCAACGCCCAAUUUAUCGCAGACGAUGGACAUUUGUACAUCAGAACUUUGGCAGUGUUUGAUUUAGCCGAACGACACACAGGUGUGUACAUUAUUUCUGUAUUGUUGAAAACUUUAAAGACGUACUCGAUAAAUAUUAGUCAAAUAUUUUGCAUGACGACUGACAAUGGAUCCAAUAUGGUAAAGGCGGUGAAAUUAAUGGACGCUGACAUCGAAGCAGCAGAGAUUGAACAACGUGAAGAAAUGGUGCAGCAGCAUACAGAAGAGGAAGAAGAAGAAUGCGGGUUGGACAAUCAGUUUUUCCAAAACGACGAAGAAGAAAUGGGGCAGAUUCGAGGUUUUCGCUGUGCGGCUCAUACCCUACAAUUAACUAUAGCUGAUGUGUGGAAAAGUGGAAA